GAGGAAAGAAACAGUAAGAGGUUGAAAUCAACCAUGGAAGAAGAUGAAUCAACAACACCGAAGAAGAAGACAGAUUCUCAGCUGAAUCUUCCACCGUCGAUGAAUCGACCGACGGUCUCACUUGAGUCACGAAUCAACCGUUUAAUUGAUUCAAAUCAUUAUCACUCUCCUUCGAAACCUAUUUACUCAGAUAGGUUUAUUCCAAGUAGAUCUGGUUCCAAUUUCGCGCUUUUCGAUUUGGCUUCUCCUUCGCCGAAGAAAGAUGGGAAAGAAGAUGGGGCUGGUUCUUAUGCGAGUCUUUUGAAAACGGCACUUUUUGGUCCGGUUACGCCGGAGAAGAGUGAUGUUGUUAAUGGGUUUUCUCCGUCGAGUAAUAUUUUUAGGUUUAAGACGGAAACGCAGAGGUCUUUGAAUUUGUAUCCGCCUUUUGGUUCUGAUGUGGUGAUGAGUGGUGUUAGCCCUAGUCCUGUUAAGUCUCCGAGGAAGAUUCUUAGGUCUCCUUAUAAGGUAUUGGAUGCGCCGGCUCUGCAAGAUGAUUUUUACUUGAAUCUUGUGGAUUGGUCAGCACAUAAUGUUCUGGCAGUGGGAUUAGGGAACUGCGUGUAUUUGUGGAAUGCUUGUAGUAGCAACGUAACUAAGUUAUGCGAUCUUGGGGUUGAUGAAAGCGUUUGCUCAGUGGGUUGGGCACUACGUGGAACACAUUUGGCUAUUGGAACUAGUAGUGGAACAGUACAGAUCUGGGAUGUGUUACGAUGCAAUAGGAUAAGAACAAUGGAAGGUCAUCGUCUAAGAGUUGGAGCCCUAGCAUGGAGCUCAUCUGUUCUGUCUUCAGGUAGUAGAGACAAGAGCAUACUUCAGAGAGACAUUCGGACUCAAGAAGAUCAUGUCAGUAAGCUAAAAGGUCACAAAUCCGAAAUAUGUGGACUCAAAUGGUCUUUUGACAAUCGCGAGCUAGCAUCAGGUGGAAAUGACAAUAAGCUUUUUGUAUGGAACCAACAUUCAACACAACCGGUUUUGAGAUACUGUGAACACGCCGCAGCAGUGAAAGCCAUUGCAUGGUCCCCACAUCAUUAUGGACUUCUUGCUUCCGGUGGUGGCACUGCUGAUAGAUGUAUUCGUUUCUGGAACACAACUACAAACACUCAUUUGAGUUGCGUAGACACCAACAGUCAGGUGUGUAAUUUAGUAUGGUCUAAGAACGUGAAUGAGCUUGUGAGCACUCACGGAUAUUCCCAGAACCAAAUCAUCGUCUGGAAAUAUCCAACUAUGUCUAAAUUGGCAACUCUCACGGGUCACACAUACCGCGUUCUGUACCUUGCGGUGUCACCUGAUGGACAGACGAUUGUGACAGGAGCAGGAGAUGAAACCUUAAGAUUCUGGAAUGUCUUCCCUUCUCCGAAAUCUCAGAGCAGAGAGAGCGAAAUCGGGGCACUAUCUUUUGGUAGAACAACAAUCCGGUGAAAUCUUGACAUGAUUCUCGAAAUCAGGGCGAUGAAGAUGAAGCUAAACACAGCCAGAUUAGUUGGUCGUCCUAGCCAAACCUCCCCCGAGAUUGUGUGAAGUCUUUCUCAUGAGAAUGCAAAGAUGAGAAAGACUAAGUUAGUGGCAACAGAUCAAACCUAAGUUUUAUUAGUUUUGUGUGAUCUGGGUUUCUUUAGAUUUUCUUCUCCGUUGUACAGAUUGGAUUUUUUUUUUUUUUGUAAAUAUAAUAUUUUCUGAAAC